AUCACUUUCACCCGGAGCUGGGUGCCACCUCCCUGCUGCUGUCCGGGUUCUGGCACUGGCUCUGCCUCCAGCCCCUCGGGCUGCCCUGCCCACCAGGCCCAUGCAGCUGCUUGGGCUCCUCGGCCUCUUCUGGAUGCUCAGGAGCCCCCCAGGGGCCGCAGGAACCGUAUCCACGGCCACGGCCACCUCCCACGCGCUUCCCCCCAGGGCAGAUGCAGCCCACGCGGCACUCAGACCCCCCCAGCCCUCUUCCCCCGCUCCUGGCAACAGGGAAAACACACUCACCCCUCUCACCACCUACCCUCAUGAUAAGCCCAUUUCUGAAACAUUGAUCCAAUCUCCAAUCGAUUCCAGCACCUCAACAAUCCCGCCGUCCAAGUUUGUCUUCAGGGUUGAAACCGCCCCACCCACCGUCUUUGUCUAUGCAGCCACCAUGGAGUGCGUAUAUCCAACGACUUUCACAGUCACCACCUCCUACCCCACCACCACCUGUGUGACUGUGACCCAGGCGUCCUUCACCAGCUCUUACACCCCCAGUCCCGUGACACACAGGCCAGCCACAAGCGUCACCAGCACUUCCCCUAUUACCACCACUGAGAAAGUGACCUCAGCCAUGACAUCUCCCACCACCAACACAGCCACAGCCCCACCCUCCUCCUCUGUCACAGCCACGGACACAACCCUCCACACCAUGAUCUCCUCUACAACUGGAACCACAAGAAGGACAACCCUGAGCCCUGCAAGUGUCCACACAACCAAGUCCUCCACCCCAGAAAUUACUCCCAUCUCUGCCACUACCUCUUCUCUAGAUACCACGAAAACCUUCUUAACAACAGGAACGGAUAACAUUUUAUCCCCUCCCACCAGGACCGCCCUGAUCACAACAGCCACUGUUCCAACUUCAUUCCCUAACACCAGUGGUACAUUGAAAACAGAGACCGCCACCACCCAUUCCACCACCGUCACCAGGGCGAUAACAACACCUGCAACACCUACCAGUGACAUCCCGCAAGAAACUCUCACCCCGGAACGUACACCUACUUCCCCCAUCAUUUCAUCAAGCACACCCACCAAUAGUGUGAGUUCUUCCACAGCCACCAGCUCUACGCCAAUGCCAACCAGCAUCGUAACCAUACCCACUGGUGGGCUUCUGUCUUCUGCACCUUCACACACCUCCCCCACUGCCCUAACCUCACCUGCCACCACCUUGAGUCCCCAGGAGACAUCCACAACUCAAAUCACACCGACUCCUGGAACAAGCAUCUCUACAAUAACACCAGUAGUCACCCCCACACCUGUAAGGACCACUACUUCGCUGACUACGAUCACAGACCUCACCCCAACACCCACUGCUCUCAAGACCUCAGCAAGCACCACACAUAAGAUCCAAUCAUCUCCAAACAUCCAAAACACAGAAAUCACAUCCCUUGUUAGCACGAGCCCGACCACAACUCCCACUGUGAGAACUACUCUCACAAGUACUGAGAACUUGCCCGUAAGUUCCCCCACUACAGGUAUUCCAGUCACAUCUGCAUUCCCCUCUUCCACGACUGCCAGCACCACUCCCACAGAGACUGUCUCCUCAACUCCAGCCACCACCCACACACUCCACACAACAUCUGGAUCCAUCCCCACACUCACCACUACCAACACACUCUCAACAUCCACAACUAUGGAAACACCUCCGUCCACUGUGGCACCCACAGCCACAGGCUUGUCCACCUUCGCCAGCCCUAGAGUCACAUCCACUGGGAAAAUGUCGCUGACUCCCACCACUGAAGUUUCCACAGAUUCUCUCGGGACAGAUAUUAUUUCUACUCCCCCCAUAACCUAUUCAACCACUCCCACAAUUACAGUGACUUCAGGGACAACCACCAGCUCCCCUCCCACAACCACCAAUGUUUUAACACCACCCACCAGUAGGAUUCCUCCUUCUACACGUGUCCCAAGCACAGAACCAGUCACCAGUGGGACCAGAGACACCUUAUCAACUGCUCUAGCUACCUUGGUAACCACAGUGCCUACUACCAAUGCCAGGUCUACACCUACAUCUGAGACCCCGUACCCCAACCUCACCACUAGCCCUGUCACACACUCCACGAUGGACAUCACCUCUCUGACCACUUUGGCAGAUACGUCAUCCACUGCCACCUCUCUCACGCCUUCCUCUCCUUCUCUGGAAACCACAGGGACAGCCAAGACUGCUACCACAGACUUGGUAACAACAGUCACCCUGUCCACCCCACAUAGCACACCCAGCUUGACUUCCUCAGACAUCUACUCCACAGUCAGCACAUCCACCACUGCCAUCUCCUCACCUCCUAGCACUGGGGGGACUCAGGUGACUUUCCCAACCGUGACCCCAUCUACUCCGAGUACAGACAUGGCUACCCCAACACUGACAACUAUUACCCACCCAUCCCUGGGCACCACGGGUUCAUUGACCAUGUUGACAGACCUCACCUCAACACCAACUCAUCUAAGUAUCUCAGCAACUACCACCAACAUCAUCCCAUCUUCUCCAACCGUCCAGAAUACAGAAAUCACAUCCCGUGUUAGCACGACCCCGACCACACUUCCCGCUAUGAGGACUACUCUCACAAGUACUGAGAACUUUCCGACAAGUUCCCUCACUACAGGAAUUCCAGUCACAUCUGCAUUCCCCUCUUCCAUGACUGCCAGCGCCACUCCCACAGAGAGUGUCUCCUCAACUCUGGCCACAACCUACACACUCCACACAACAUCUGGAUCCAUCCCCACACUCACCACUACCAACACACUCUCAACAUCCACGACAAUGGAAACACCUCUGUUCACUGUGGCACCCACAGCCACAGGUCCGUCCACCUUCGCCAGCCCUAGAGCCACAUCCACUGGGAAAGCCUCGCUGACUCCCACCACCGAAGUUUUCACGGAUUCUCUCAAGACAGAUAUUACUUUUCCUCCCCCUGUCACUUUUUCAACCACUCCCACAAACACAGUGACUUCAGGGACAACCACCAGCUCCCCUCCCACAACCACCAAUGUUUUAUCAGCACCCACCGGUAGGAUUUCUCCUUCUACACAUGUUCCAAGCAUAGAACCUGUCACCAGUGGGACCACAGACACCUUGUCAACUGCUCUAGCUACCUUGGUAACCACAGUGCCUACUACCAAUGCCAGGUCUACACCUACAUCUGAGACCCCAUACCCCAACAUUGCCACUAGCCCUGUCACACACUCCGCGAGUGACAUCACCUCUCUGACCACUUUGGCAGAUACAUCAUCCACUGCCACCUCUCUCAUGCCCUCCUCUCCUUCUCUGGAAACCACAGGGACAGCCAAGACUGCUACCACAGACUUGGCAACAACAGUCACCUUGUCUACCCCACAUAGCACACCCAGCUUGACUUCCUCAGACAUCUACUCCACAGUCAGCACAUCCACCACUGCCAUCACCUCACCUCCCAGCACUGGAGGGACUCAGGUGACUUCCCCAACUGUGACCCCAUCUACUCUAAGUACAGACAUGGCUACCCCAACACUGACAACUAUCACCCCCUCAUCUGUGGGCACCACGGUUUCAUUGACCAUGUUGACAAACGUCACCUCAACACCCACUGUUCCCAGUACCUCAGCAACUACCACCAAUAUUACCCCAUCCUCUCCAAUCAUCCAGAACACAGAAAUCACAUCCCUUGUUAGCACGACCCCAACCACAACUGGCACUGUGAGAACUAUUCUCACAAGUACCGAGAAGUUUCCAACAAGUUCUCUCACUACAGGAGUUCCAGUCACAUCUGCAUUCCCCUCUUCCACAACUGCCAGCAGCACUCCCUCAGAGAGUGUCCCCUUAACUGUGGCCACCACCCACACACUCCACACAACAUCUGGAUCCAUCCCCACACUCAGCACUACCAACACACUCACAACAUCCUCAACUAUGGAAACACCUCUGUCCACUGUGGCACCCACAGUCACAGGCCCGUCCACCUUCACCAGCCCUAGAGCCACAUCCACUGGGAAAACCAUGCUGACUUCCCCCACUGAUGUUUCCACGGGUUCUCUCAAGACAGAUAUUACUUCUACUCCCCCUGUCACUUUCUCAGCCACUCCCACAACCACAGUCCCUUCAGGGACAGCCACCAGGUCUCCUCCCACAACCACCAAUCUUUUAACAUCACCUACCAGUAGGAUCCCAUCUUCUACACGUGUCUCAAGCACAGAAACUGUUACUAGUGGGACCACGGAGACCUUCAGCAUCCCUGUGUCUACCUUGCUGACCACACGCCCUACUACCAACAGCAGGUCUACAGCUACAUCUGACACUACGUACCCCAACCUUCCCACUAGCCCUGUCACACACUCCAGGACUGACAUCACCUCUACAACCACUGUGACAGACACAAAAUCUACCACGACGCCUCUCACAUCCCCCUCUCCCUCUCUCCAAACCACAGAAACAGACUUGGUAACAACAGUCACCCUGUCCACCCCACACAGUGUUCCCAGCUUCACUUCCUUAGAUAUCUCCUCCACAGUCAGCACAUCCACCACUGCCAUUGCCUCACCUCCCACUACUGCGGGGACCCUGCAGACCUCUACGACCAUGACCCCUUCUGCUUUGAGUUCAGACAUCCCUACCCCAACACUGACAACUAUUACUGUGGGACCCACUAAUUUGUUGACUACAACUAGAGAACUCACCUCAACACCCCUUGGUCCCAGUCCAUCAGCCGCCCCCACAAAUACCAUUCCAUCUUCCCCCACUAUCCAGCACACAGAGUCAACAUCCCUUGUGAGCACAACCUCUGUCCCCAGGCCCACUUGGAGAAGUAGUAUGGCAGUCACAUCUGACACCUCACUGUCAAGCCAUACACCUCCUAUAUUGACAUCUAACAUAGGGACUCAGACAUCUCAGGUACCCACCACCCUUGCCCUUGACAGCACAGAUUCCUCCAUCUCCUCUGUUCACACUCUUACUCCAUUAGCCGAUGGCAGCACCAUCAUGUCAAUGCCACAUGUCCGUAGCGCAAGCACACAUUUGUUCACUCUGAAAACUUCUCUGUCAUCCCCCUCCAUGCAAACUUCACUCACAUCUACAAGUCAGUACACCAGUCUAUCUUUUACUAGGAUGAGUACGUCUAUAAAUGCAAUAACCACGUCUUUCGGUACAAUCAUCUUGUCUUCGAUACCCACCAUAAUAAUGUCAUCUUCUCUGUUCUCCACCAGUUCAAGGACAGCGCUCACCACUACAUUUCACUCUCCUCCUUCCUCCCCAUACGUGUCCAGUACAGAAAAUCUAGGCUCUUCUUCUGUCCCAGCUUUUCCUACUCUGUCUUCAUCUGCAACUACCAGAACUUCUCCCACCAUCUCCUCUGUGACCACAACUCCCACUAAAACAACCCCCUUUUCUUAUAUUUCUCUUCCUUCCACUACACCCUGUUCAGAAACUAUAACCAUCACCAUAGUCCCUACCUCUCCCACAACUCCGUGUGUUGAAAUUGGUCCCAGCAGUGAAGUUACUUCUCCUCCCACCACCCCGUUAUCCGUCCUCCCCUUUACUACUGAAAUGGUCACCUCUCCUAGUUCCACCAAUACGAAAACUGCCCUUCCUACAACCAUGGGCACUUCUACUCCCAUGGCUCUGGAAAGUGAGCCUGCCAUCAUCCCAACUAAUGGCACUGGGACCGUUCCCAUGAGCCCAGUUUUGACGAGCACCCACACACCCACCAGUGAGACCUGGCUGAGCACCAGCUUGGCAACCCCCCCACGCAUGCCUGGUCUCACCAUGAAGCCACACAGUCCAACUGCCACGACGACUUCAAGCAAGUUGACACACCCCACCCCACUAAUCACGAGGACUUCAGCAACAGUGGUGCCUACCACCCAGACUCCCACCACCCUUACGUCACCCAAGACAACUUCGACCACUUCCCAGAUGACCACACAGACAAGGCUGACCACUACCCCAGGCACCUGUGACAAUGGUGGCACCUGGGAACAAGGCCUGUGCCUUUGUCUCCCGGGGUACUCUGGGGACCGCUGUCAGUUCCAGGAGAUCAGGUGUCAGAAUGGUGGCACAUGGGAUGGCCUCAAGUGCCAGUGUCCCAGCACUUUCUAUGGCUCCAGCUGCGAGUUUGCUGUGGAACAGAUAGAUCUGGACAAAGUGGACGCUGAAGUGGGCAUGGAGGUGUCUGUCGACCAGGAGUUCUCCCCAGACCUCAAUGACAACACUUCUAAGGCCUACAGGGAUUUCAGCAACACUUUCAGGAAUCAGAUGCAGAAGAUUUACCAAAACGUGCAGGGGUUCAAGGAUGUGCAGAUCCUGUCCCUGAGGAGUGGCAGCAUUGUGGUGGACUACCUGGUCCUGCUGGAGCUGUCCUUCAGCCCCCAGCUGGACAGAGAGUACGAGAAGGUGAAAAUGGCCCUGAAAGAGGAGCUUCAGAAUGCCAGCCAGGAUGGGGACAGCUGCCACAACAAACAGACCCUGUGUUUUAAGCCUGACUCCAUCAAGGUGAACAACAACACUAUGACAGAGCUGACCCCGGAAGCUAUCUGCCGCCGCGCCGCACCCAAGGGCUAUGAGGAGUUCUACUUCCCCUUGGUGGAGGUGAACCGGCUCCGCUGCGUCACCAAAUGCACGUCGGGCGUGGACGGCGCCAUCGACUGCAACCAGGGCCAGUGCGUCCUGGAGAGGAGCGGUCCCGCGUGCCGGUGCUUCUCCACCGACGAGCUCUGGUUCUCCGGCCCGCGCUGCGAGGUGGCUGUCCGCUGGAGGGCGCUGAUCGGGGGCCUGGCGGGGGCCGCGGCGCUGCUGCUGCUGCUGCUGCUCGCGCUGGGUGUCGUGCUGGCGCGCAGCCGCCGUAGGAGGGGCGGCCGCCCGGGCAGGUCCUGGGAGGAGGACAGGAAGUGGCUUGAGACCUGGAAUGAGGACAACGUGGGUACUUUUUCGAACAUGGGCUUUGAGGACGACAAGACAGUCAAGGAUGAAAACUUCCGCGUGGCCUUGGGGAACGUGGACACCAAUAUCAGGGUGAACAUCCAGAGACCUGAGGUGAACUCGUCCUCCUCAUUGUGAGUCCUGCCUAGGAUGGAACCAUCUGCACUGCGUCCAUUUCAAGAGCAGCUCGAGGACUUGUGCAGCCCAGGCUCCUGGGGCCCUUGGGUAAAACGAGACUGUCCCCCCUGAAUCCCAUCCUUCUCCCAACUUGGCCAAAACCAACCUGGAGACCCAGUUCACAUCCAGACUCUUCCGCUGUGGGACUUUGGGCAAGUCAGUGACUUCUCCGAACCUCAGUUUCCUCACCUGUAAAGUGGGUACAACAUGCUCAUCUUGAUACCUCCUAGUUAUUGUGAAAACCACGUGGGCUUGCUUGAUUAAUUCUCUGCCCCAGUCCCCAUGUUCCCAUUGGCUCUCUCGGUACCCCCAGUCCUCAUGUCCUGUGCCCGGUCUCAGGCCCACCCUCGCCUAGCUCCUUGCUCUCAUUCCUUACAUCGUCUACCCUUCUGAGCCCACAGCUUAGUCAGUGCCCCUUCCCCUUCCUGUUCCCUUAGCCCCAGCACUAAAUCCUCCCUCCUCCCCCAACCCCGUCCCUAGAGAGGUACGGACACCCUCUGUGUCUUAGACCCCCAGCCCCCCAGCUCCCAUUCUGAGGCUCUGCUCCUUCCCCUAGCCCCCAAGGGCCCCAUCCCUGUGGGUGGGGGGAAGGCGUGAGUUGCCCAGGUCCCUGAGGAUGAGGGGAAGUGGGGCCCCGAGCCCUGGAAGCCCCCUCAGUCCUCCCUCCUCAUUCCCCAACCCUCCCUCUUCACUCGCCUACCGCUGCCUUUCCCAUCCCCUCCACCUUCCCCCCUCCCCCACUCCCUGGUGUCACCCCCAGCCCGGCAGUAACCUCUGAGCCCCAAGCCCUGAACCUCCUUUGCCAGGAAGGUCUGCUUUGGGGACAAGAGGUCGGCAAGUCUCCGUUCUCCACGGAAACACAAUACAGCCAUUUUUGUAAAAGAA